GGAGCGCGGCUCGGCUCGGCUCCGCUCGGCAUGGGGAGCCCGCGGCGCUUGCUGCUCAUCUCCAACUCCACCCUGCACGGAGGGGGGUACCUGGGCCACUGCCAGCAGCACAUCCAGAGCUUCCUCGGGCAGAAGGUGAAGCGGGUGCUGUUCAUCCCCUACGCCCUGCACGACCGCGACGCCUACGCCCGCACGGCCAGGGAGAAGUUUGAAAGCCUGGGUUAUGGGCUGGACAGCAUUCAUGAAUCCUGUGAUCCAGUGGAAGCUGUAAGGAAAUCUGAAGCAAUAUUUGUUGGAGGUGGGAACACAUUCCGUCUCCUGAAAGCUCUUUAUGACAACAGUCUGAUACAUGAGAUCAGGAAGAGAGUUCUUGAGGAUGGGAUUCCUUACAUGGGAUCCAGCGCAGGAACCAACGUUGCUACCGUCAGCAUCAAUACCACCAAUGACAUGCCAAUUGUUUAUCCACCUUCCCUGCAGGCUCUAGGAUUAGUUCCUUUUAAUAUUAACCCCCAUUACCUGGACCCAGACAUUAAAAGAACUCACAUGGGGGAGACGAGAGAGGAAAGAAUCCACCAGUAUCAUGAAGAACCAAACACCCCUCCAGUUCUGGGCUUGCGGGAAGGUACAAUGCUGUUAGUGGAAGGAGAUAAAGCCACGCUGCAAGGAGUGACAGGAGCACGUCUGUUUUUGAGGGGUAAGAAGCCAACUGAACAUGAGCCCGGAACAGAUUUCAGUUUCCUCCUGACUGACAGCAAUCCCCUGAAUCCAUAGCAUUCCAUAUUCUGCAGCAGAAGUUACUAUAUGGGGAACACAAUGAGGAAGAAGGAAAGAGAUGCUUGUAGUCCCAUGGUGGGUGGGGAACUUCAGCUUUAUAAAUAAAGAUAAAAAUGCAUUA